GUUUUGUUUCUAGAAACUAGCUUCAUCCAUCAUGGCGAUGCAUGCGAAGGCGACUCCGCCACAGAUCCCGGACACCCGCCGGGAGCUGGCUGAACUGGUGAAGAGGAAACAAGAACUCGCUGAGACGCUGGUGAACUUGGAAAGACAAAUAUAUGCAUUUGAAGGCAGCUACCUAGAAGACACCCAGAUGUAUGGUAACAUCAUCAGAGGAUGGGACCGGUACCUCACCAACCAAAAAAACUCCAAUAGUAAGACUGAUCGAAGGAAUAGGAAAUUCAAGGAGGCAGAGCGUUUAUUCAGCAAGUCUUCUGUCACAUCAGUUGCAGCGGUAUGUGCACUCGGUGGGAUUCCUGAUCAUAUGAAUGAAAAACGUGAGGCGGGCAGUGGCACAGAAAGUGACGGCUCUCCAGAUCUCCAGAACCAAGAGAACGAGCCCAGUCAGGAGGACACAGAAGAUGUGGACUCAACGCUGCAGGACCUAAAGCCUCAGAAGGCUGCCUCAUCUUCCUCCUCAGGCAGCCAUCAUGCUAGCCACAAGAAGAGGAAGAACAAAAAUAGACACAGGCCAAUGCACCCUUCUGCCAUGUUUGAUUAUGACUUUGAAUUUGACAUGAAGGUUAACAAGAAGCCGAGAGCUGAUUAUUCAACUUAACAAGGAUGACUGGAACACCGGGACACACAUGAAGACAUACAUAUGUGUAAAGAAACACAAGAUUUCUGGACUUUUAUGCCUUUUGAUUUUCGGUUGUCAUAUUUCAGCCUGUACUGUGUGUAUUGCUUGAAACAUUCCCCUGCCACCUACCUUUGGUCGUGGUUAAGAUGUUUGACCUACCAAUUAAGUAGAUAUAUGGUGUUGCAUGUUACUUGAGCCCUGAUGAGGCCCACCUCCAGUAACACACCAUCUUGUAUAGUGUUAAAAAAGAUUGUAUUUAUUAUGUAGUUAAUUUCCAUGUUUCCCAUUGUCAGAAAGUUGUUUUUUUUGUUAAAUGUCACAUGGUCGUGUAACAUUUGUAAACCCCGGAUUCUUUUAUUACAUGGAUUGUUUUUCAAAAAAAUAAAAUACCAGUAACAUGAACAUA